AGGAAAGAAAGGGGAGAGAGAAGGAAGGAGAAGGAAAGAGGGAGAAGGAAGGAGAAGGAGAGACAGAAGGAAAGAAAGAGGGAGACACAAGGAAAGAGGGAGAAGGAAAGAGCGACACGAAGGAAAGAGGGAGAAGGAAAGACAGACACAGAAGGAAAGAGAAGGAGAGACAGAAGGAAAAAGAGGGAGAAGGAAGGAAAGAGAGAGAGAGAGACACAAAGAAGGAAGGAAAGAGAAGGAAGGAGAGGGAGAAGGAAAGAGGGAGAGAGACAGAAGGAAAGAGAGGGAGAAGGAAGGAAAGAGAGACAAAGAAGGAAAGGGGGAGAAGGAAGGAAAGAGAGGGAGAGACGAAGAAGGAGAGAGACAAAAAAGGAGAGAGAGGGAGAGACAAAGAAAUAAGGAAAGAAUGAGAUGAAAGAAGGAAAGACGAGGAAAGAACGAAUGAACCCUGACGUGUCCUCGGUUCAGUGUGUUUGUGCUCGUAUUAUCCGCCUGUAGCUUCAGUCUGCAUCGAACGCUCUUCGGCGCUCCUGGCGUUAAAGGGGCGUGGCCAUACGAUCAAACAAACAUCCUGCACAGAUAAAUCCAGAAAUACAAUAAAGUACACACUUAUAUUUUCUACAAUAAAUGAAAUCUUGUUGGAGCGAGCGAGCGAGAGCGCGGAGAGUCAGCGCUGCCAAGUCUGUGCACAGGUGUCUUUAAAUCCUGUGAUUAAGAGGUGGGACGUGAACAUCCUGCAUCCUCACCAUCUGCGGACUGAGUCACAGCUACUGAAAUAUCAGCAGCAAACAAACACGCGCGCUCGCAACUUCAGCGAAAGCCACACUGCGUGCACAGACACCCCCUCACACAGACACGAGAGUGUGUUUAAUUGCGACCUGAUGAUUUAACCACUGUUUCCUGUGCGUUCGAGUUUGUUUGGCCGUGAGCCUGAGAGUGGAGCUCGCUCGCUCGCUAACGAGCCUGCUUCAUCUGCAAUUAAAAUGUCAGGGUUUGUUAAUGAAUUAAAAUAGGUGCUUAAGUUUAAAAAAAAGAGUGAGAGAGAGAGAGAGAGAGAGGCUGCACUUCACCUGAGCUCGUUUUUCAGCAAGUGUCAAAAUUUUCAUCUCCAAAGCCGAGGCGUUAGUUUCCAUUCCUGGCGUGAUCAAGAUGAGGCGUGAAUUACGCUCCUGUAGGCGGCGAGGGUGGUGGGGGAGAAGGGGGUGGAGAUGCUGAUAGAGGUACUGGAGGCGGAUUGCUUAUCAUCGAUGGCAUCUCUCUCUAGCUCUCGCUCUCUCCUCCCUCGAUCCAUCGCUUUCUCACUCCUCCCUUUGAUCGCUCGGAUAUUUGUCCUCCGUGAGGUAGAAGUUGCUAAGUGGAAUCCGGAGCUGCUGGUGUUGCUGUUUCACACAUUUCUGCUCUGCUCGUGCGGAUUUCUGGACCUCCUCAGCACGUAGUUUUACUAAUUCUGGCUCCUGACAAAAGUGAACCGAAAUCUCACCUUGCGGAGAGUCUCGCUGCCGUGAACGAGCGUCUCUGAAUCCCAGACCUCUGGUAUGAUCUCCAGGAACGUGGUGGGUCCAUCUGGACCUGAUAAAGUCUCUUUCCGCAUGGCACUAUGCCAUCUCGGCUGAAGGAAUCCAGGCGAAGUGCGCGGAGCACCAUGGAGCGAGCGCCAGCCUCCACUCCUCCAGACUCUCAAUGGGACUCCCAGGUACUCGACGGGGAAGAAGAGGGAUCUGGAUUUGUAUCCGUCCUGAAUCUCAGUGAUGACGUGCCGGUGAAGGAGAUCAGCAUCACGCAUCACGUUAAAGAGGGCUCGGAGAAGGCCGACCCCCAGCAGUUUGAGCUGCGCAAGGUCCUGGGUCAGGGCUCCUUCGGGAAGGUGUUUCUGGUGAAGAAGACUACUGGGCCGGAUGCAGGACAGCUCUACGCCAUGAAGGUGCUCAAAAAAGCAACACUGAAAGUCCGUGAUCGUGUCAGGACUAAGAUGGAGCGAGACAUCCUGGUGGAGGUGAAUCACCCGUUCAUCGUUAAGCUGCACUACGCAUUCCAGACAGAAGGAAAGCUUUAUCUGAUUCUCGACUUCCUGAGAGGAGGAGAUCUCUUCACGCGUCUGUCCAAAGAGGUGAUGUUCACAGAGGAGGAUGUGAAGUUUUACCUGGCGGAACUGGCUUUAGCACUGGACCAUCUGCACGGCCUGGGAAUCAUCUACCGAGACCUCAAACCAGAGAACAUCCUCCUGGACGAGGACGGCCACAUUAAGCUGACAGACUUCGGCCUCAGUAAGGAGUCAAUCGAUCACGAGAACAAGGCCUACUCAUUCUGCGGGACGGUGGAGUACAUGGCUCCCGAGGUGGUGAACCGGCGAGGCCACACCCACAGCGCAGACUGGUGGUCGUACGGCGUACUCAUGUUUGAGAUGUUAACCGGGACGCUUCCCUUCCAAGGCAAGGACCGCAAAGAGACCAUGACCAUGAUCCUGAAGGCGAAGCUGGGAAUGCCUCAGUUCCUCAGCUUGGAGGCUCAGAGUCUCCUCCGAAACUUGUUUAAACGAAACCCUUCCAACCGGCUGGGUGCAGGCCCAGAUGGAGUUGAAGAAAUAAAGAGACACCACUUUUACGCUUCUAUUGACUGGAAUAAAUUAUUUAGGAGAGAAAUUCAGCCACCUUUCAAACCUGCGUCUGGGAGACCUGACGACACGUUUUACUUCGACCCAGAAUUCACUGCUAAAACUCCCAAAGACUCUCCAGGUGUGCCCCCUAGUGCCAAUGCUCAUCAGCUCUUCAGAGGUUUCAGCUUCGUGGCCAUCAGCUCCGAGGAGGAAACACAGCCACUGCAGAGUAACAUGAGCUCGAUAGUGCAGCAGCUUCACAGGAACACGUCUCAGUUUGGCGACUCGUACGAGGUGAGGGAGGACAUCGGCGUCGGUUCGUACUCCAUCUGCAAGCGCUGUAUUCAGAAAAGCACGGGCAUGGAGUACGCCGUCAAGAUCAUCAAUAAAGCCAAAAGGGAUCCGACGGACGAGGUGGAAAUCCUCUUGCGCUACGGCCAGCAUCCCAACAUCAUCACUUUAAAGGAUGUGUAUGACGACGGCCGCUCGGUUUUCCUGGUAACUGAGCUGCUUAAAGGAGGGGAGCUGCUGGAUAAAAUCCUCAGACAGAAGUUCUUCUCUGAGAGGGAGGCCAGCGCUGUGCUCUAUACCAUCACCAAGACCGUGGAGUACCUCCAUGCACAAGGGGUGGUCCACAGAGACCUUAAGCCGAGUAACAUUCUCUACGUGGACGAAUCCGGAAACCCCGAGUCUAUCCGGAUCUGUGACUUUGGCUUUGCCAAGCAGCUGAGGGCAGAGAACGGCCUUCUCAUGACGCCAUGCUACACAGCUAACUUUGUUGCACCAGAGGUGCUGAAGAAGCAGGGUUACGAUGCUGCGUGUGAUAUCUGGAGUCUGGGUGUCCUUCUCUACACAAUGCUGACAGGUUUUACUCCGUUCGCCAACGGACCCGAGGACACGCCGGAGGAGAUUCUGGCGAGGAUUGGCAGUGGGAAGUUCUCUCUGACCGGCGGAUACUGGAACUCUGUUUCCGCUGAAGCCAAGGAUCUGGUAUCUAAAAUGCUCCAUGUCGACCCUCAUCAGAGAUUAACAGCAGCACAAGUGCUGAGGCAUCCAUGGAUCAUUCACAAAGACCAGCUACCGAAGUACCAGCUCAACAGACAGGACGCUCCUCAUCUGGUCAAGGGGGCCAUGGCUGCAACGUACUCCGCCUUGAACAGGAACGUUCCCCCCAUACUGGAGCCUGUGGGCUGCUCCAUUCUCGCUCAGCGCCGAGGAGUGAAGAAAGUGACCUCCACUGCGCUCUGAGGCUCCGCCCACCACACCACACCAACCAACCACAGACCUCAUGGCCUGGCGCUAGCACACGGCCCCGCCCCAUGCCUGCCUGACGCCCGCCUGCUACCCAUUUGCCUCUCGUCAAGUCUGGACUCUGAGGACCCCUGGUGAAUGAUCCAAAUCUUCCUCAUCUGCCGGCAAAGCGGAUCAAUAAAACUUUCCGAUUUUAUAAUACGAGCAUCCGGAACACUCUGUGGAAAUUUUUUUUCCUUUUUUUUUUUUUUGGGGGGGAAGCAAGAGACUCAGUUAUGCGUAUGAACUUGUAAUAUACUGUAAAAUUCUUUUUAUAAAGCUGGUAGAGAACAAUAUUAUUGUAUUAAAGAGAGUGUGGCCUGUUGUAUUAUGAAAUGACAUAAAAUAUUAACACAGAAGCUAUUUCUCCAGAAAGAGGAGAAAAAAAAAACACUCCAGAUCAUAAACCUAUUAUGGAUCUAAUAGAUUUUCAAACCAGAUUUUUUUUCUUUUUUUUUUUUUUAGGAACAAAAAUUAUAAUGUUAAAUUCUUUACUUGCUAUUCCAUAUACAGUGUGUAGAUAUAAACUUCAUGUGCAAAAAAAAAAUCUGAAGUAUUUUUACACUUGUACAUUAAACUUUAGGGAACAUCUCAACUCUGCUUGGCUAAGCACAAGUCUUAUGCAGUGUGUAAACUGACCAGAAGGAUUUAAAUAUGAAUUUCAGAUCAUAUUAAUUAAAAUAAUAUACAGUACACAUCAUGUUAAAUCAAAUUUUAGUGUAUAAAUGUUUGGAAUUUGCUUUAAAAGCGACUAAUUCAAAUCACAGGUAACAGUUUUGGGAUUUAGAAAGAAGAGAAAAAAAAGAACCCUAAAUGCAAAUGUCAAAUUCAAAUCUGGGGGAAAAAAAGCAGAUUUUAUGUAAAUUUAAUGCAAAUUAGGCCACAUCCAUACUCAAAGCCUUUAUUUCAGCUUCAAUAUAAGCUUCAUGUAGUCUCAAACCAGUGGACUUUCCUUUUUUUUUUAAUUAAUUUAUUUAUGCAUUUUAAUUAAAAUCACUGAAUCAUAUAAGGUUCUGAAAAUGUUGAUGGAGUCGUGAAACAGAUGGAAAAUGAAAACCCUGCUAAAUGUGUCAUUAUCGCUCACAGACUCAUCUUCAGCUUUACAGAUUGCAUUAAAGAGAGCACAAACACACGAUGGCACAACAGGACUGUAAAUAUAUAGAAAACUCAGGUUUAUGAAACGCAUAAAGGCACUGCAUAAAAAUAUUCGGACAUGCACGUGUUUUUCACGUGCGUUUGUGAAGAGAAAUCGGUUGAGGAAAUGUGGAUUUCAGAGCACUAUUCAGUAUAUUUUUAUACAUGCAACAAAUAGAUGCUUUAAAUUAUUUUAGUGGGUGGAAAGCUAGCAGCUCUGCUUGGUGUGUGUGUGUAAGCGAGAGAGAGAGACCAUGUUUUAAGUGGAGUUACAUGAUGCUCUAAUUCUAGUUGUUCUUA